AUGCCCGCGGAUCGUUUUCGGGAUAAGUUAUAUCCAAUAGGUAUUGUUCCUGCAAAAGUUUUGAAAUACGGCCACUGGCUACCAGAGGAAGAUGAACAACUCCACUCACUGGUCGAAAUGUUUGGGCCAAAAAACUGGGAGAAAUUGGCCGUUUACCAUUCAACUCGAAACGGCAAACAAAUGAGAGAACGUUGGCUAUCUUAUGCAAAGAACGGAGCGGUUAACAAAGGACCCUUUACGGCCAAAGAAACCGCCAUUAUCUGUUAUUUGCAUUUAAAGAAGAGAGUCGGAUGGGCACAUAUUGCAAAAGCACUCAACACCGGUCGUCCGCCAAACACAUGCAAGAAUCAUUAUCACAACUAUAUCAGCAAACGUGCUCGGGAUCCGGCAUUUGUUGAGAGAUGUGCACAAAUAUAUGAUAGAGAGGUAGUAUGGCCGUCAUUGUCAAGGUAA